AUGCCAGGAUUUGCUCAGUGUCAGGAACUCCCUGGACCUGAAGGCAAGUUGCUGCUGGUGCUGCUGGCGCGCAGGAGCCGGCGCCAUGCGGGGACGCGUUACAACGCCCGGGGGUUGGACGAUGACGGCGAGGCUGCCAACUGGGUGGAGACGGAGAUGCUCGUAAAGCUGCCGGGGAACAAGGAGCACUGGCUCGCGCUCACGCAGGUGCGAGGCAGUGCGCCCGUGUUUUGGGAGCAGCGGUCAUCUGGGUCCAACGUCACUGUGACUCGAGGAUUCGAGUUGGCCAGCCUGGGCUUCCAGAAGCAUGAGGCGUGGAUGCAGAGAGAGUACGGAGAUUCCUUCUACGUCAGUCUGCUUUCGCAAGCUGGCAACAAGCGGGACACCGAAGGCCUGGCACUUGCGUAA